AAGCCAGCAUGGAUGAAGAAAAAUAAGGCACUAAACUAAGUGGCUAGGCACGCUCCAUUACUUGGAGAUCUGAGUGAGGAGCAUGGCGGGCCACUGCACGAUCACGAAAGAGCCGGCGAUUCUGGUCCGCGCCUGCGAGCCGACGCCGCGAGGGAGCCUCCAGCUCUCCUUCCUCGACCGCCUGCCGGGGCUGCGGUUCUCCGGAGAUAUCGUCUUCGUCUUCCGGCGCGGCGGCGGCGGCGGCGGCGGCGAAGAUCCGGCGAAGGCCAUAAGUGAAGGGCUGUCGAGGGCGCUCGUGCACUACUACCCGGUCGCCGGACGGAUUGUCGAGCCCGCCGGGGGCGAGCUGGAGAUCGAGUGCUCCGGCGACGGCGACGGUGACGGCGUGUGGUUCGUCGAGGCCUCCGCCGAAUGCAGCCUCGACGGCUUCGGCGAUUGGGAUUCGAAACUGCACGCCGUUCUCGCGGCGCGGCCUCCGCCGGAGCUCAACCACGAGAACGUCAUCUUCAUGGCGCAGGUGACAAAAUUCACAUGCGGCGGUUUCACCGUCUGCAUCACUUACAACCACACAGUCUUCGACGGUGUCGGCUCUGCCCAGUUCCUGAACGCCGUGGCCGAGCUGACGAGAGGUCUCGCCGAGCCGACGGUCACCGCAACCUGGCGCCGAGAAUCUGUUCCGAGCCCUCCCAAGCCCACUACCUCGGCCCAAGGCCCAGCAGGGCCCGAGAUACAAUACACCUUCUACAGAUUCAAAUCUGCCGAAUUCGACGUUUCCCUCCCCAGCAUCAACCGAGUCAAGGACCGAGUCGCGGCCGAGACAGGCCAAAUUUGUUCUACCUUCGAUGUCGUCACGGCCAUGCUGUGGCAGUCGCGCACGCGGGCCAUCAACGUUGAGCCCGACGCCGACGUCUGCCUUUACUACAUGGCGAAUGCUCGCCACCGCCUGAACGAGCUUCUCUCGAUCGACGGCGGCUACUACGGGAACUGCGUGUAUCCCGUAGGGAUCACCUUACCGAGCAAGCAAGUGGCGAAUGGGUCGCUUGUCGCGCUAGUUGGGGUAAUUCGACAAGCUAAACAAACCGUGUCCGACGGAUUCUCGCGUGGUUAAAAGGAGAAGUAAUGUCGAAUUCGCGCGCCCUGCCGGACUAUCGAAUGCUGCUCGUUUCGGAUUGGACUCGGCUGGGGUACUAUGAGGUCGACUACGGGUGGGGGUCGCCGAGCUACGUCUUUCC